AUGGACCAAUCAUUGACCUUUCCUUUCAAUAGCCAACAAAUGCAAAACAAGUGGGGGGCGAAGAAAAAGGAAAACUGGGCCAUCCUUCCCCAUCAGGUAUGCAAAGGACCCCCCACCAAGGGCAAAUCUUCAAAAAAGUGUGGAAAACUUAGCCCCUCCUCUAAACUAGGGAUGCAUCAAGGACCCCAUUAUCAAUCAGGUUAUCAGCCUGGAACUUUUAAACCUAAAAAAUCUAAAUAUGGUGAAAACAAGGUUGAAAAGAAGAAGAAAAACUCAACCAGACGAUUGGGCCAUAAAUCACCCGGUAGCACUCAAAGUGACUCUAAAAUCCUGAAAGUCAAUAAUAAAAAAACAAGUGAAAUCAUGCAAGUGAGUACAGAAGAAAAAAAGUUAUGGAUUAAUAUGUUAGAAAAAGAUCUUGAUUUAUUCAAUCAAGUGAACUACAUUGAUAAGAAAAAGGAUCUGAAAAAAAUACAGGAUCGCGAAAAACGUUUAAAACUCGCGGAAAAAAAGAAGGCCGACUUUAUCGCUCGCGAAAAACGUCGCGAACUAGCUAAGGAAAAACAAAGACAAUUUAGAGCUCGCGAAUCAGAAAAAAAUCGAUCCAAGGACAACACAUCGAAGGAUAUCAUCCCUGAGCCCAUGAUGGAAUUGGAUUCAUCGAUCGAGAUCAUUCCCAGCACUCCAUCAGUCAUCAAUUUAAUCCUGGAACGCGAGGGUGAAGAUGCUCAGCAUGGAUCAUUGAAUUUCGCGACCUCAACCCCGAAAAAACCGCGAAAAUCUAUCGAGGAAAUCGAGGCCGUUCUAGUCGCGUUGGGCGCGAAUCUAGAACAAAGGAAUCGCGAGGACGAUUACGAAGGGCGAUGGGCUCCAACGCAGCGCCAAAAAGAGCUUGAUCAAAUUGCGAUGCAAUUGGAUCAAAGCGGUGAUGAUGAUGAUGAAGGAUUGGCCAUCCAGAGUCUUGAUUUCCCCCCGUUAUCACCCAGUAACCGUUCGGGUUAAAAAUUCAUUAAACAUUUUUGUAUUUUUAUGGAUAGCUGAAAUAAAAGUCAUACAUUUUAUUGCAUUACCUGUGAGUCUUGACUUUUUUUUUAUUGCUAGGCAAGACCCAAUA